AUGUACGGUCGCCGAUGCCGCCAUGCCGCAAGUCUGACGACUGUUCUCCACUUCAGAAAAUCUGCUGCUCUUUUCUGGCUGGCAUCACUUCUGUCCGGACUCUGGCAUCCUGGCUAUGGUAACACCACCUUCAGCACAAAGAUCUCGAGAACAGAACUUCAAAAGAAGCGUGAAGAAGAAGGCCUGAAUGUGCCUUUGACAAUCGGCUUGGAUGACUUCGUCGACGGGCUAUCCACCGCAGACAAAUUGACAUGUGACAGAAUUCGAGGUGCUCUUGAUCGCAAUGAUUGGUAUGCAGCCCAGCAUGCCUUCGACACCUCUGAGAAGACCUCGGCCCCAGUCUUUAACAUGCUCAUGGUAGCUGCGUUAAAACUUGGCAACUUCGAAAAGGGUGUGAAGAUCUAUGAGGAUCUUGGUCACCGAGGUGUAGAAAAGACACUGAAGAGCUACUGCUGUGCAAUUCGGCUCUUUUCUCAACUUGAACGAAAGGACGAGACGAUGAAGGUUUGGAAUGAGGCACGUGCCGCGAACCUGUGGAACGAUUCCGAGAGUGCGAACUCGCUCAUGUGUGCAGCCCUGCAUGCAGCGGCGCAGUUCGCCGAUCACGGUUUUGCUACACAGCUGCUUGACAUGAUGCAGGAUAGGGGAAAGAUUCUCAAUGUCCUUGACUACAACCAGGCCCUGGACGCGUGCAAAAACUCGCUCCAGCACGAAGCAGCAAUGCACCUCUAUUCAGAAAUGGUCCGUGUAAAUGUAACACCCAAUGUCAUCACAUUCGCGUUGCUCGUGGGUGCUCACAGUGGGAAGCCUCUGAAAGAUAUUACGGAUGUCGCCAGCCAGAUGGCUCUUUAUGAUAUUGAACCAAAUGUGCCGUUCUUGGAAGAGCUUGUGUCAGCCAUGAUUGGUGCGCGGCGUCAGGGUCUCAAGAUCACUGAUCUGCAGCAGGCACGGAUGGUGGCUUCACAGUCACCUGCCUCUCACCUGCGCGCGGCUCAGCGGGUUAUCGAGCAAAUCGAGAGUCAAGGCGUGGAACUGAGCCAGCUGCUCAGGCGCUUCAAAGCUGCGAUGUCCUGGGCUCUUGAAAAUUCUGGGGCUUCCGAGACUUAG